UCGAAUCGCGUGGUGGACGCCACGUCGUCGUCGUUCGGUUCUCGGUUUUCGCCGGCUGCCCCAAGUCACGAGUUUACGAGCUUACGAGCUUAGUGGGUGGCCAUCUCCCCAGCGCACCGCCCCCCGCCUCCCGAAAAAAGAGCCUAUGCAAAUGUGUGCAUACAUGCUGCAACAUAAAUUAAAUCGAAUUAAAUCCACACAAGAUUCAAACUAAAGUCAAAAUAUUACAAUAAUUGGGCUGGCGAAUGUGUGUUUGUAUGUGUGUGUGUCAUCUGUUGUUCAACUGAACCCGUGUGUGUGUGUGUAAAUCCAAUUUCCGCUUUCAUCGGUUUUUCCGGCCUUUCCUCCGCCGCCCGGAAUUUUAAUUACGCCGAUUUUUCAAGUUCAGUUGCCGAAGCUCUGGAAAUAAAUCAGCUAAAGCUGCCCAAAAAAAACAUGGCCAAUGAAACUAGCAAGGAUCAACAGCAAUUUAAUUAAACCACAACGGAUUCACUUGAAUGCAGAGCAUGAAUUCGCAAAAAAACAUCAACAAACGAUGCUGUUGUUGCUGUUAAAAUUCCUUACUUGCAUAAAAUAUGAAAUUCAUACAAUUUUAAUACUGCCAUUUGCGUUAAUUAAACCAUGAAUCGGAGUCAGAUAAAGACAGAGCCACUCGCUUAAAAAUGCAUACUCCCAAGUGCCGAAGUCCGAGCAUGCCGGUGCCGCUGUGCCACAAGGACUACGCAGGACUCGCCGGCUGCUCGGCACUCGCUUUCGUCCUGUACCUAAACACACUUAACGCUGGAUUUGUCUACGAUGACAGACGCGCCAUCUUGGCGAACGGCGACGUGACAGGACUUCGUCCGCUGGCUCAUCUCCUGCGGAACGACUUCUGGGGCACUCCUCUGCAGGACAGCGGAUCCCACGGCUCCUGGCGACCGCUGUGCGUGCUCAGCUUCCGGCUGAACUUCCUGGCGGGCGGACUGACACCCGCGGGCUAUCACCUGGUCAACGUGCUGCUCCACUGCGUGGCCACGUGGCUGGUCUUCCUGGUGGGACGCACCCUGCUCCCCUCGCGAAUCGGAGUCCUGGCCGCCGGCGCCCUCUUCGCCGCCCAUCCCGCCCACUCGGAGGCGGUGGCCGGACUGGUGGGCAGGGCCGAUUUGGCUGCCUGCAUCUGCUACCUGCUCUCCUACCUCUCCUAUCGACGGCACAUGCUGAAUCGGGAGUGGGGUUCCCUGGUCCUCACCAUUAUCCUCGCGCUGGCUGCUCUUCUCUGCAAGGAGACCGCCAUCACGGCGCUCCUUUUGUGCGGACUCUGCGAUGUCCUCUUCGCUGUCAACAGGGAAAGUAGUGAUAAGCACCGCUUCCGAUCGCUCUCCAUUCUGACCAUAACCCUAUUGAGUGCCGCCUACUGUCGAUUAAGCCUGCUGCCACGCCCCUCUACCGCCUUUUCGGCGGCCGACAAUCCAGCGGCCCAUGAAACCUGCUUUUGGACACGGACACUCACUUUUUUGUACCUGCCAGUGGCCAACUUUCGCCUGCUUUUGUGGCCACAGGAGCUGAGUUUCGACUGGGGAAUGGAGGCUAUUCCGCGGAUCCGGACACUUUGGGAUCCCCGAAAUAUCCUGAGUGUUGGUUUCUACGGAUCCCUGUUUACCGUGCUGUGGAGGAGAUCCGGACUAAGUCGAUCUACCGCGUCGAUGGACUUUGCGGAAGUGGCGCACAUUUCGCUGCCGCUUUUAAGGAGAUUGGGCGGCAACAGCUGCCACAAUUGGCUGGGACUCACCUGCGAGUGCCACCACCAGCUGGCCGCUCCCAGCCAUCGUUCUGCGCCAGCCACCUGCUCGAAAAGCUCCUUCUGGCCGGGAUCCUUCAUGGGUGUCGCCUUCAUUGUGUUGCCCUUUCUGCCCGCCAGCAAUCUGCUCUUCUACGUGGGAUUGGUUAUGGCCGAAAGGGUGCUCUAUCUGCCGAGUGUGGGCUAUUGUCUGCUCUUCGGACUCGGUUUCGGCCAUCUCUGGCAGAGGGUCAAUAGCUGCAGGCGCUCCAAGAUGAUGCUUCUCUGCGCCCUGGGGCUGCUCCUCGGAGUCCACGGACUUCGCACCUUUCGACGCAACUUGGACUGGCGCGAUGAGGAGCAGCUAUUCCGAAGUGCCAUUAGGGUUAAUCCACCAAAAGCUCUGGCCAACCUGGGAAGCGUUUUGAGCGCCCAAGGCAGAUACGAGGAGGCCGAAUUGGCCCUGAGGACGGCCCUUGGACACCGGCCCUCCAUGGCGGAUGCUCACUUUAAUCUGGGCGUGGUUCACCAGAAGCAGCUCAACUUUAGUUCGGCAGUUCCAAGCUUUCGCAGGGCCAUCGAACUGCGUCCCCAACUUUCGGUGGCGUACUUGAAUCUGGGCAUCUCCCUGAUCUCCCUGGGCGACCAUCGGCGAGAAGCCAUCUCGGUGCUGCGGACAGGAGCUCGUCUGGAGGGCAACGGGGUUCGGGACCGAGGAGCCCACGAGGAGGCACGCUGCACCUGCUACCUGCAACUGAGUGUCCUUCUCCGCGCCGAAGGAAGACUUCAGGAGGCUGCAUCCUCGCUGAGGGAAUCCCUAAAAGCUCUGGCUUUGCUGCCUCAGAAGCAGAGGGCCGUGCUGCACCUGCGUCUCGGGGAAAUCCUCGCGGAGCUGCAGGAUUGGGAUGAGGCUGAGCAUCAGCAGAGAUUGGCCCUGCAACUUCAGCCGGAAAAGGGAGCGGCCUACGUCACCUAUGGCCAAACUCUGGCCAGAAAUGGAAGUCGACUUGCUGAAGCAGAAUCUUGGUUCAAAAGGGCCCUGCAGCUGGCUCCUUUGGAGGCCAGUUCUCAUCACCAUUAUGCUGACUUCCUGGAGCAGCAGGAGCGCCAUCAGGAGGCUCUUAGUCUUCGUUUACGAGCUGCCGCCUUGGCACCCAACGAUUACACCCUGCAAUCCUGUGUGGCGGAUGCACUGCGUCUGCUGAAUCGCCUGGCAGAAGCGGAGUUGUGGUACCGAAAGGCUGUUACCCUGCAACCAAUGGCUGCCCAUGCCCAUGCCAAUCUGGGAGCCAUCCUGCAGAUGCGAGGACUCCGAAAGGAUGCAGUGGAGUGCUAUCAAAGGGCCUUGGAACUGCAGCCAGGACACGCCAUCAGCAGGGCGAAUCUGGCCAAGAUGAAUCUGCACAAGGAUACCAAUGAAUAAUGGUGAAAAGAAUAUAUAGCUGUUGGAAUCGUAGGCUUAAAUAAAUUGUAGAUAGAAGAGAGCGCUAUACAAAUGAUUGACAUAUAUUUUUAAUAAUAAAUAAUGAAGAAUAUUAAAACAA